AUGGACGUUAAAUUUAUAUACUCAACGCCAAAUCCUCGGUCAGUUUCCACAAGAGCAAGCACACGUAGAUCUCCACAAUGAACCAGUUCUCCUAUAACGAAUUUAUCACCUCCAGAAGGGAUCCAUUUUAAGGACAGCUUAGAAACCAGCAAAGAAAUUACUCCUAUGGAUAGUGACAGCAAAAAAGCAGAAGCUGCUUCUGCUCAUAUCGCAACAGAAAGUGAUUAUGGAGAAAUUGAUAAUUUCGAGAAAAAGAUUAAAGAAGCAUUUGAUAUAAUUAAAAAAGCAAAAAAUAAUAGAAACAAUGUGGAAUAUACACAUAAAACAUCAGAAGAAACUGUCAUCUCCUAUUUGGAACUUGUUGAAGGAGCUUCAAAGUCACUUGUAGAGCUUUCAGAUCAGCUUAAAGACGUUGCUGAUCACCUUACUAAACAAAUGGAUUUCCUGACUGAUGAAAUACAAACAGCAGUAGUCCCAGGCUACUAUCGAAGAAACGCUUACCCUCAUCCAUGGCGUCUCAGAAAAAAUCGCUCCCUUAAUUAA